AUGCACCGAGGUGUGCCAGGACCAGGCCUCAGGGGCCUGAAGGGGGCCGAGGGCUCUGCCAAGGAUUUGGGGGACUCCUGUCUGGAGGCCGGGAAGGAUUUUGGGGUGCUGAGGGAGAACGGCGUCCCCCGCGGCCUGGGCGAGGCAGAGGAGGUGCCGAGCGGCAGAAAGCGCGCGCGGCCAGUGCGAUCCAAAGCGCGGCGCGUGGCGGCGAACGUGCGGGAGCGCAAGCGCAUCUUGGACUACAACGAGGCGUUCAACGCGCUGCGCCGGGCGCUGCGGCACGACCUGGGAGGCAAGAGGCUUUCCAAGAUCGCCACCCUGCGCAGGGCCAUCCACCGCAUCACGGCGCUCUCCCUGGUCCUGCGCGCCAGCCCCGCGCCCCGCUGGCCCUGCGGGCACCUGGAGUGCCGCGGCCAGGCCGAGCGUGCCGCGGACCCCGGAGACGCGGGUUCCAGCUCGGUGCCGCCCGCCGGGCUGUUGGCACCGCGCUGUGCCUCCUGCUCCCCGCACACGCCCCUGGGACGACCGAUGACCGAGGCGCAGGGUUUGGCCCAGGCCUCCGCUGGGAGCUGGCGCCGGUGUCCGGGGGCGCCCUUGGCCUGGCCGCUGGGCCACCCGCGGGCGGACCCCGGGCUGAGCUACCAGCCCUCCUGA